UGAGCAACAUGUUGUUUGGGAGCCACCGGAUGGGGAUCACUGGACUGGUCUAAUUAGACACGACUAAUAUUUUACAGGGUCUGUCCCAUUCACCAGAACAGAGAAGAUUUGUUUUGCGGACAUAUAGAAUCUGGACCUCCAUCAGAACCCCAAUGGCACCCUCUAAACCUCUGGACUUACUGUCUCUAUUGCUGCUCACUGCCAAUUAAUGCAUUGAAAAAAAUAUUUUAAAUAUUUGAUUCCGUCGAAUAUAAUUUAUUUAAUACCUAACAUUUCUCUUUAGCAAAUAUACUAAAUUGUCAUAAAAUGACAUAUUCAGUCCUAUAGCACAUGUUGAGUUUGAUUACUGUGGUACUCUUGGGAAGACUUGGGUUCUACAGAACUUACCUGCCUGCUGCCCCUUUCUAUUCAAAUGCAUGGGCAAUGCUGUUCCUGUGGAAGACAUUGAAGCUGUCAGGUGAGGAUCCCUGGUGUCUGUCAUACACAGGACAUUUCUCAUUUCCCCAUAGGGAGUGGAAAAGGGUUUGAACGGUCUGGAUCCCCUAGUGCAGGGAUUUUUUGCCUGUGAACCACAUUCAAAUGUAAAAAGAGUUGGAGCAGCACAAGCAUGAAAAGGCCCUUGGGGUGCCGAAUCAGGGCUAUUUGGCAACCCCUAUGUGGACUGGCAGCCUACUGCUCUAUUUGGCACUUUACUUAGUUUGUAUGCAAUUAAAACUUGCUUUAAAGACAGGAAUUCAAAAAUAAGCACCUGCUUGACAUGCUGAGGUGUUGUUUCCUUUUCUUUGCCUAGCUGUCCUACUUCAGUCACUAUGACAAUCUUAUAAUUAAAUCUGGGAGCACCAUGGUGUAAGAUUUCAGUUAUACAGAACCAGGUACUCAGCCGGAAAGUACAAUGGAACUGUUGCUUGGCAAGAAAAUGAAAGGAGACAUAUAGUUCUUUAUACAAAAAAAACUAUAACAAAAAUUGGGAGCAACGUUUAUCCUUCUGUUAUUCUGGUGUUCAUCACCCUAAUGUGGGGUGAGGAGGGAGUGCAUGUGUGAUUUAACAGCUAUAUUUAUUUCAUAUAAUGUGUAUACACAGUGAUGUACAGACAGGAUAAUGGAUAGAGAAGGAGAUACAUACAAACACACAGACCUGCACCGGGCGUUGGAUAUGUUAUAUUACUAUAUAUACUAAGGAUCAUAUAAGAUUCUAGGGCUCGGCAAUAAGGAGCAAUAACGCCUCUUGGAAUCUGCGCUCAGUUAAUGCGCUAGUAUCCCUCCGCCAGCUCUGGGGCCCCAGUCCCUGCGCUUCCUGGUAUGUGGAGCCCAUUCCCACCCCCGUGGGUCCUUGUGGUGCCUGAGGAGAAAUAAUUGGAAAGUGCAGCCAGAGAGGGAGAGAAGUAGAUGGGCGCAGUGUGCCUAAUAGGAAAUGGUGAGGGCAGUGAGGCAAGUCAUUAUUCCAUAGCGCUCAGCAGGAUGAGCAGCAGUGGGACUGGCGGUGUUGCUGAGUUCUAGUCACUCACUCUCUGCGGCUCCAGCCUAUAUGAGUUCCUACUUUGUCAGUCCCAUGUAUCCCAAAUACAAAGAUGCCAUAAAUUCAGCUUUCUUCGAGUGUCCCUAUGGGCAGGAGGUUGGCUGCAGCAGGGCCCCGUUGGUAUAUAGCAGCAGCAGCGCCCCUCAGGACUACUACCACCACCCCGGGACCCUCCCGAGCCCAGGCUACCAGCCGGCACCCUGUGGGAUUGCUUGCCACGGUGACCCCUCUAAGCUUUAUGGCUACGAUCAUUUCCAGAGGCAGCACAUUUUUACGACCCUUCAAGAGACUGAGCCGGUCCAAUAUCCUGACUGUAAAUCGCCCAGUGCGAGUGUUGGAGCGGAUCCAGAGCACUUACAUCAGAACUCGCCUGUGUCUCACGUGUUCCCCUGGAUGAGAGCACAAGUUGCCCCCGGUAGAAGGAGGGGAAGACAAACCUACAGCCGCUUCCAGACCCUGGAACUGGAAAAAGAAUUCCUCUUUAACCCUUACUUGACCAGGAAGAGGAGGAUCGAGGUCUCUCACGCCCUGGGACUUACAGAGAGACAGGUCAAAAUUUGGUUUCAAAACAGGAGGAUGAAGUGGAAAAAGGAGAACAGCAAAGACAAGUUCCCAGUCUCCUCACAAGAAGGGAAAGAGGAGGCUGACAAGAAAGGGGGGAUUCACCAGGAGCAACAGGACAGAGAGGGCACUAACUGAACUUAUUGGGGCUAAUAUUGCCCAUUCUGGUAUAUGGAAUGCACUGCACUCUGACUGCACCUCUCCUCCAUUCUGCACAACUCACCGGGGUGUAUCACUACCUAAGGGACAGAAAUCAACGUCUCGGUGUGUAUUUGUAUCUGCACACGCGCAAAUGCACUCUAGUAAUUAUGCCAAUGUGGCUUUACAGUCACAGAGGCAGUAGAUUUCAGGCAAUAAUACUGCAAAAAAUGAAUUUCCUAUCAAAUGAUUUUCUAUGUAGUUGUAAUUUACACGAAUUAUAAUCAAAAUCAUGUGCACUCGAGGAUCGUAUUUUUGUAUAUUUGUAUGUUAUAUUUACGCAAAUGCAAAAUGUAUAUUUUAAAAUGAGAGUUUAUAGCUCUGAUGAGUUUUUUUUUUUUUUUG